AUGCCGUCAAAGGUGCCACAGAAAAGAUCCGCCAGUCCUUCUCCAAAGGCACGUAUUUUCGCAGACGAUGCAUCGACUAAGACUGAAACAAGUAACACUAAGAUUAAGCUUAAGCUCAAGAUCACAGUGAACGAAAAUCCAGAAGCUUCUAAAAUGCCUUCAAAGAUCCACCAAAAGCACCCAAUCAGUCCUCCAGCUGAGGCACCUCAGACCAAAAGUUUGCGUGCCAAAUACACGCCCCAUAAGUCCACCACCUCUGGCUUCAUAGCCCAUGUAUCGAGCAACAGCAAGAAGACGAUUGAGACAGAUCCAGCACCUACCGCCAACCAAAUUUUUGCCAUUAGGCCUUGUGUUCCCAAAUCAGCAGCACCAGAUGAAGCUAGCCAAUCUGAGGAUGCAAAGAAACAAGUGCAUUUUAUCCAGAUAAGACAGAACAAUACAGAGAAGCCAUUAAACAAGAGCAAGCCCAGGACAAAUAAGACACGUCGCAGCAACCAAUUUGUAGCCAUCAACCCCACCUUGCCAAAACCAGUCACAUGGGAGCCUCUAAGAAGUAUUGAAGACGUAGGAGAUAAUGCGGUUGGCACUCGUGUCCCACUAAAAGAUCCAGACGAUGAGUUGAACAAAUUAGUACCUCUUACCGAGUGGCUCGUUCCCCCUGAUAAGGCACUCCCUAUACCAUUGGCCCGGGAUCCACUCAAAAUAUUUGGGGCCGCAGAGAAGAAGUUCAUUGCUCUCUGGAUGCGAGCAAACAAAACAGUUGGGACACGAGGGAAACAUUUAGCCUAUCAAAACCUUUUGUACUCCCUAGGCUGCAAAGACCCAAGUUUUGACAAAGAGACCUUGCUAAAAUUUGACCAUCGGGUCGAGCGCUUCAUUUCGAGGAUCAAGAAAUCGCUGAAGGAAUGCGGUGCGAUUGCAUUCCGAAAUGAAGAUAAAGUGGAAACAUAUCCAGUCUUUGCGGAUUGGACAGUUGUUUGGUUGGAAGAGGACUGGGAUGGAGUAUAUGACACCAGAGGGUAUUAUACCGACAAUUAUCUCGAGAAAUACUCAGUAGAUCUUGAAGGCCAGGGUGACGACAGGGAUUUUGUGGUAGAGCUAGCAGUCGAUGAACCUUUCCAAGAGGAGAUAGAGACCUUUGUCGUGGAAGUUCCCGAAGACUUCCAGAUUCCCAAUGUCACAGAUGCUGACCCAGAAGAAAUUGGAUGGGCAGAGAGGAGUUUUGCAUUGUUUCGGCGUUCCAUUUGCAAAAUUUGA